AGAAGAGUGAUUUGAACUCUGUUCACGAUCCGAUCCCAGGAAAAGAUCUGAUGAAAGAGUAGGGACCUGACUUAUGGGAGCCACGGGAGGCUUAUGACAACGACAGCCGCAGAUGACCGUCUUGUAUCAUGAAACGGGUGGCAGAGUCACCAUGACAGGGGUGACGGUGUGUUUCGGUACGGUGAACUCCAUCAAGGCCCUCUGGGAGACCAGGAUAAAGAAAUGCAGGGAGGAUCAGCAGAAGCAGCAGGAUCUGAAGGAGAGGGCAGCGGUGGGCAGGCUGGCACACGCCUGGGAGGAUCGAAUCUCGUUGGCCAAACUGAAGGACAAAGUGGUAACGGAGGAUGGAAGAGUGAUCUUUAGGAUAGAGAAAGAAGAAUGGAAGACCCUGCCUCCAGUGCUGGUGCAGCUCUCUCAGGUCCAGGAGUGGCAGCUGCACCGGACCAGCCUGCAGAACAUCCCACGCUUCAUCGCCAGCUUCCAGCACCUCAUCGUCCUCGACCUGUCCCGCAACGCCAUCAUGGAGAUCCCCAAAGAGAUUGGUAAGCUGACCAGGUUGAGAGAGCUGCUACUGAGCUACAACCGGCUGAACUUCAUCCCCGAGGAGCUCUGCUGCUGCGAGAAUCUGGAGAAACUGGAGUUGGCUGUCAACAGGAACCUGGACGGGCUGCCCUCACAGUUGAGUAGACUGACCAAGCUGUACCACCUGGACCUCUCCAUGAACCAGUUCACCAGCAUUCCUGACAGCGUGCUGGACCUGCCAGCUCUGGAGUGGCUGGACAUGGGCGGCAACCGGCUGGAUCACCUGCCGGAGAACAUCCACAAGAUGGAGAAGCUGCACACACUGUGGCUGCAGAGGAAUGAACUAGAGGUCCUGCCUGACAACAUUGGCUACAUGCACAGUCUCGAGACGCUGGUGCUGAGCAGCAAUAAGCUGAGGGACAUUCCUGCCUUGAUGGAGGGCAUGAGUAACCUCAGGUUCGUGAACUUCAGAGACAACCCACUGACACUAGACGUGUCACUUGCCAAGCAGGACGCAGCCGUGGUAGACGAGGAGGACGACGACCAGGAGAUGUUUGGAAAAGACUUCAUGCACGCCUACAUCAAGGAGGCCCGCAAGAGAGAGACCCAGGCAAAUUACACCUCAGUAUUAAACGUGACCAUCAGCCCUGGGCCCGAUGCGGCACCUGCACUCUAACAUGCUGUGUGCUCCCCAUAUCUGCCGGUGCUUGUCUCUGGUUCCUGCCAGUGCUGUCCCUGUUCCGUCUACCACUUCCCGUCAAGGCCAUCUUGUCCACUGCUUCCUGUCAAGGCCAUCUUGUCCACUGCUCCCUGUCAAGACCAUCUUGUCCACUGCUCCCUGUCAAGGCCAUCUUGUCCACUGCUUCCUGCCAAGGCUGUCUGACCCAUGAUUCCAGUCAGUGCCGAUAAGCUCUAUGUUGGUGUCAAUACUCUCUGGUCUAAAUUCUUUUCAGCUGUCAUUUUUUUUGGGUUCUUCAACUACUGAUACUGGUUGGAACUGCAGUUAGGAGUACAUUCUCCAGUGAGACAUCUUUGCUGGUGUAGUAGCAGAGGUCAGAGGCGAACCCUUUGCCAUGGAGGAAGUGGACCCUUCCGUAGUCGAUCAGCAGCUUGCAGAGGCGCCCGACUCGCUCGCGGUCCUCUGCAGACACGACGCUGCAGGUAGGCACAGGGAUGGAGAAGGGUGACAUGAAUCAGCACCGAAGAUAAUGCUGUAACAGGGAAGUAAGGUUAAUACAGCACAAGCAGAGGACGGAAAUGAGGCUCAGAAUAGUGACGACUUCGGUAAAUACUCAAAAACUUGGAACCAAGACUUCAGUGAAACAACAUUAAAAUACCCAGAACUUUGCCUCUUGCAUUGUCAUUAUCAUGAAAAAUAAGUGAUAGUCAGAACAUGAGGUUGCCAUCUGUGUACUCUGAGGAUUUCAGUCUGAUUUCUCCCUCCUCUUUGCUUGGCACUCUUUGGUCUUAAAGUGAAUCUGAACAUCUGUUUUGCAGGCCAAUAGCAUAACAGAUGUGUCGAUCCUCCUGAGUUCCAGGGCAGGUUCUUGGGUUGGAUUUCGGAGUCUGCCAGUCAUAAGUAAAGCAAACUCACUCGUUCAAGGUGCUGGGUACGGCGUCCUCCCCCUGAUCGUGCUCCUCAGCCCCCCACUCUCCCACUGAAGGUCGGCCUUCCACGCCAGCCACCUUUCUCAGACCACAUGUGGCCCAGCUGGACAUGCGCUGGAAGGCAGCGAACUCGGAGGCUCCCAGCCCCCGCUCCCGGAAGAACUCCUUCCCCACGUAGUGCCUCCAGUCGCAGCGGUGGUGGCAGCAUAGCGCGAUGGCCAGCCCGGAGACCUCGCCUGCGGCUGCAGGGUCACGCUUAGCCCCCCCCUCCUGCUUCACGCGUUUUCUGGGGGGCUCUCCGCUCUCCUCAUCGUCCUCGACACUAUCCAGCAGACACCUCAGUGCCAGAUCUGAGGACGAGGAGUAACACAGAACCCUGAUGUAACAAGUAAUGCAGUGCGGUCACUGCCAAUAAGGCAGGAAGGGCCUGGAAUCCGCCAGUGAUCUGACUGCUUCUCCUGGGUGGGGGCCACGGGCCCCUGGAGUCUAUGCCAGGUAGCACAGUGCACAAGGCUGGGGCAGUACUAUUACAGAUUUUUAAAAUUAAAUUCUGACUUUUAUAUAAUUCUCAAUUUUCAUUUGAAAUCCAGUUUAGUUUUAGUUUUCAGUGUGGCUUUGUUCGUUUUUAAAGAUACAUUACUCUUGGGUCUUAUAUAUUUUACUUUCUGUUUAACGUUUAGUAAUGUUAUUUCUAGGGAAAUUUGAAUGUGACUGGUCUUUAAAGAAUCCUACCUGGAUACAUAGCGCACAUUAUGUAUUUACUAGUGUUGGAGAUGCAUGAUGUGUUGGUCCGAUGUGUCAAUUUUGGCCUGUAUUGUUGACCAAUAUUUGAACUUUAUAUUUAUCAAAAGUUAGCAGCACUUGGGCUAAAGACAUAACUACUAUAAUAAUGUCUAUGAUUGCGUUGGACGACUAACCAGCCAAGUGAAGGAUGAGGGAUUUUAAUCGGCUCAUUCCAUCUCAAAUCGGUUGAAAAUGCAUUUUAUUUCACAACAUGGAACGAUCCUCUAAAAUAUGGGAUAGGAGGGAACUGUAGGAGUCUCAAAGUACAGCAAGAUGGUUUUGUAUGGCCUGCAACUUGUUUUUAAUCGAUCAUUAAAUUUGACCUGGAGACUGAUCUUUCAUUUUUAACAGAAUAAAAAAUAAUCAUUCCGCUAAUCAUGAGACAAAAACACACCCCUCAGUAAUGUUGUCAAAUAGGCAAAAAAUGUUCCAGGUAUUAUUAAUGUAAUUGAAGAUAAACAAAUCAUUACUUUAGUUACUGGAGUCGGACUACAGACAGCUCUGAGUUUACCUGUCGCCGCCCCACACAGGUGCUUGCCAACUCCAACAACUGGGACUUUCUCUCCUUGUAGAAAAGGAACUUUACCUUUAAACCAAACACAAAAUCAUUAACAACCUUAAUGAAACAAAGAAUGAAUGAUUUACACCGGUGUUAUUCAACCCUGUGCUCAGUUCGGAGAACAGAAGGUUGACGACUGGACUAAGAACCGAUGAUUUACUGAGUAUAAGAAACUGUAACUUGCAGAAAAACAAAUUUUAAUUAAUAAAACUGCAUUGAAGUGUG